CAGAGGGAAGCAGUGCUGCCUUUAAAGAUGGCCUCCGGACGCAGCGCGCCAUGUCGCGUCUACGUGAAAAAAUGACGGAAAACGCUGGUCGAGUCGCGAACGUUGGCUAAAUCGAGCUGCUCGGUGAUCGGGGAAACGAACGUCUUGUGACUAUCCCGGGGGAAAGAUGCUCGGUAUCGCUGAGCGUCUGGCCAGAGUUUGAGUGGCGAAAAAUUUGAGCGUGGACAUGAUGCGAGAACGGGUGAGACUGGCGGCGGUGGUAAUCAUCCUACCCCGUGUCGAGUGACAGUGGCUUACGUAACGGAUUAUUCUCGCUAUGAUAACGAUACUCCAGCCGCGAAUGCGAAACAAGAAACUGUUUUACCGGGUUGUUCGCGGCGCUGUGCACCAAUCUACUAGAAAUACGCAUCGCGGCUGACCUGAUUAACAACUCCGUACGUUCCGAUAUAUCGUACCACGCGGCUGUUCGAGUACUACCCUGCUACCUCGCGCUUUCCCAGCACGCUGGAAAAAGAUAUUACACCGCCGUUGCCCGAGAAACUAUGACAGCGGCGCUCGUCAUGGAAAACACAAAUUGGGAUCCUGCGUUAUCCAAGCUGCUGAAUUCUCUGCAAGAAAACAAGAACGAGAUACCAAGCUGCACCGACGAGGAGUUCGGAUUUCUCAGCGACUUGUUGCAGUCGAAGGAACUGAACGCACUGGUGAACGUUCACAACAAGAUCUUGAACAACGUCAAGGAUGACAAAUUCUUCCCGGUGCUCUCCAAUUCCAUGGACAUCGACAUCGAAGUUCUGGACCUGCUGUCCACGAAGACGCACGUUUCCAAGGACUGUAAGGAACUCUUUCACCUGCUUCAAAAGCCACACAUACAGGGUUUGUUGUGCGCCCACGAUGCAGUCGCCCAGAAGGACUACUAUCCCCGAUUGCCGGAGAUCCCUCUGGAGGUCGACGAGGACGAAGAGACCGUCAAGAUUGUACAGUUGGUGAAAUCGAACGAACCCUUGUGUGGCGCUGGCGUUGAACCGAUCGUGGGAGCGACCAUAAAAACGUGCGAGGUCACUGGCAAGAUCGUGAUAGCGCGAAUAAUGCACGGCGGCGCGGCCGAUAGGUCCGGCCUCAUUCACGUCGGCGACGAAGUUUGCGAGGUCAACGGCAUCAGCGUCGAGGGAAAGACUCCGAACUGCGUUCUCAAAAUAUUGCAAAAUUCCGAGGGUACGAUUACUUUUAAGAUAGUACCUGCCGAUAGCAAGGGGGGGAUCCGGGAGAGCAAGGUGCGAGUUAGGGCGCACUUUUCCUAUAAAGCUUCAGAGGACCCGUACAUACCCUGCAAGGAGGCUGGAUUAGACUUUUCGAAAGGCGAUGUUCUCCAUAUCGUCAGUCAGGAUGACGCUUACUGGUGGCAGGCUAGGCGAGAGGGUGACCGAAACAUGAGAGCCGGCUUGAUCCCUAGCAGAGCCUUGCAGGAAAGACGGAUUAUACUCGAGAGACAGCAAAAGGAGAAGACUGACGACGACAAUAUAAGCUUGUGUUCUGUUCCAGUGCCUUUGCCCGCAUUGUGCCCCCGUCCCAGUACCUCUUUACACGCCUCGCCUACAAAGUGCAACUUGCAGGGAGUAAAAACUAAAAAAAUCAUGUAUGACGCUGCAGAGAACGACGAUUUCGACCGGGAAGAAAUACCGACCUACGAAGAGGUCGCAAAGCUCUAUCCGAGACCGGGCCUCUACCGACCGGUGGUUCUGAUCGGGCCACCGGGUGUAGGCAGAAACGAGCUCAAGAGGCGGCUCAUGGCCACCGAUCCCGAUAAGUACAAGACACCUGUCCCUUAUACCUCCAGACCACCGAGACCAGGUGAAAUCAACGGCAAAGAGUAUCACUUUAUUACCCGCGAGAAGAUGGAAGAGGACAUCGAGGCUGGCAUGUUCAUCGAAUACGGCGAGUACAAGGGGAGCCUGUACGGCACCAGUUGCGAGAGCGUCAGCUCGUUGAUAAACGCCGGAUACGUGUGUCUGUUGAACCCUCACUAUCAAGCCCUGAAGAUGCUCCGAACUCCGCAGACGAAACCGUACGUGAUAUACAUCAAGCCGCCGAGGUUCGAGAUAUUGAAAGAAACGAGAAACGACGCCAGAGCGAGGUCGACUUUCGACGAAAACAACUCUCGAGGUUUCACGGACGAAGAGUUUCACGAAAUUCUGCACAGCGCUGCAAGAAUCGAAUUCCUCUACACUCAUCUGUUCGACGAGGUGAUCGUGAAUGCCGACCUCUCCAUGGCGUUCGAGCAACUGGUGAACGCUGUUCAUCGAGUCGAGUCGGAACCGCUUUGGGUACCCGCCUCGUGGGUUCAAUAAACUUUCAAGUUUAUCAAGAUCGGAACGUUCCGCGGGGAAAGGAAACGUUGCGAGUUGAACGUAGCUACGUACAUAUUUCCACCACCUUAUGAUCGCCGGAUCGCUUUCCUCCAAAUUUCUCAAGCUAUGUUUCUUUAGCAAAGCGCGAUCCUUUCUCCUUUGGCACACUCCCCUAUAGCACUUGAAAUUGACGCGUACUAUCCGAGGAAUAACGUCGACGAUGCCUUUCCGCUCCUAGAUAUUUAUGUAUUUUAUACACGUCGCUAUUUUCUGGACUCGACUCAUCUUCCUCUCUCUCUCUCUCUCUCUCUUUUCAACAUCAAUCUUCAAAUUAUACGUGUGUAUAGAUGUAAAUGUCGGCCGGUAACGCGCAACUGUAAAGGGGAUGGUAUCAGGAGACAAGCCGUCGAUUGUAUUUUUGCAGCGAUCUCGUUUCUAACCUCAUAUCGUAUACGAUGCUUGUUUUUUCUAACGUCGAUCGUCGAGUGUAUCAUCGAUGCGUCAUUUUUUCAAAUUUUUACUGCCACGAAUUCGCGGCAUCUCGCGACAAUGGAGAAAGCGUUGCUGUCCCGCCGGAGGAUGUUUCGAAUUUGUAUGAAAAGAAGUGGAACGGGUGGAUGGACCGGGUGUUAAAGUUAUUUAAAAAGUGAUUUUGGGAUCAACGAUUAUAACGUGACGAGUCGAAGGAUUCCUUCUCCGAAGAAUUUUGCGACGUGUCGGAAAAGAAAAAAACAGGAGAAAGAAAAACUUUUGAAGCGUUCAGCAAUCGUUUACCGCCACUCAUGACCUUUGAUCCCAAUUGUUGUUGAUUGUUGCCAAAUAAUGUAUCGUAUCUAGAACACGACGAGAGAAUCACCUCACCGAUUAUUGUAUUUUCCACCUGAUCAGCAUUGCCAUGAUAUCGCUAUUUUUUUCAUGAUUAUUAAAGGGCUGCCAGCAUGAGGAAGAUUUAUGCACGCUACGCUCUACUGGCGUUGCAUCAAAUAGCUCAUCCUCGAUGUAAACUCUGUAUGUUAUCGAAAUAUAGCAUUACACUUUCAA